AUGAAAUGCGUCAAGCUUCAUCCAGCCCGUCAUCAGAGUCCAGACCCAGAGGCCUUCGACGAUGAUGAUAUCAACGAGACUGAAUACAAGACCUCCAUCGAACAGCACACUAUGAUACGUCCACGCACGAUCGGCCGAGAGCCGGGCCCUUCAAUCGUCCGCCACAUCAUCGCGGUCACGCCGGCAAUUCCGUCCGAGCUGCUGAUAUAUCGCGCGAAGGGUGUAUGUCAGGAACAAACACAUGGGCACCUCGAUGGCGGUGGCUAUGGCGAGGGAUUUGAUGGCCGGUCUCGUAAUCUUGCGGAUGCUGCUCCUCUCUGCCUUCGGCUGCGUGGUCUUAACGCCGAUGCUCCGUCUCCAGGCGCCCCAUACGUGGCCAACAAAGGCCAGGGACGUCUGUUCCAGGGCCUGAAUAGGAACCAUAACAAGACCCCACCGAAUAGUGUUGAAGACGCCCCACGCCGUCGCAUACGUCGAUCACACGGAGACGAUGUUGGUAACCAGCCACAGGUAGAGUGCGUUGCAGAUCGCCGACUCGACGAUGGUCGAGGCGCCGGGACGGAGAAGGAUGAAGAGCGCCUUCGCACUCGGACGUCUCGCCCAACCUUCAUCGUGAUUCCCACGCCUGCGCUUCUGAAAGCGCAGGGUGUUCCUCCAAAGAAAGUACGCCAGACCGAGGAGGCGGAGAUCGAGGACGAUGUGGACGGCAAACUUAACGGAGCUGAUAAUGUGGGGCACAUCAGGGCGGUCCAGUACUCUCGUGGCCGACGAGACAGCAGCCUCAAUCGCACUGCUGAGCGCGCUGAAUGCUCCGAUACGGACGUAGUUGAUGCUCGCGUCGCGGACCUCGGCCGGCAUGAAGCCUUUGGCGACCGUUUGCCCGCCAGCCACGAGGCAAUGCUCGUGAUGAGCCCCAGAACAGAUUGGUACGUCAGCUGCAGCCACUGCGCCAAGGAGACCUUCGUUGAGGACCUCGGCCACGAUACCGGCGCAGGUGUACACGUCCAUGGUGAUGACGAGAGAAGAGUCGAUGGUGGCAACCCAGAGCUUGGAGAGGGUGCCGUAGAGCGCGGGGAGCACGGAGGCGGCAAGGUCGAAAGCAAUGCCACCCGCGAGCUGAAUGCCACUGCGCACCGUUGCGACCCCGUACCCACCAGCUCCGGGGCUCUGGAGUACAGCAAACACGCUAGAGAACACACCAGCAAGGCAGCCCUCAGCCCCGAAACUCGCCGCUGUCAAGGCAGGCGCAGCAACGAUGCCUGGUGCUGCGGCAACGACUACGCCAACGCCAACAGCACGCCGCAUGCCGCCGCCAUGCCAGGAUUGGCCCUACAGGCCUAA